CAACUCAAAAAUCCUUGGCACCUGGACAGCGUUCAGUUCAGUAACUUCAGUUGCGUUCGUGUAGUUUCGCUCUUCGUCGUUGUUCGUUUGUUGUUUAUUGCAUCCAACACCAACAGCAACAGCAGUCCCAGUGUGUUCGUUCUGUGACCGUGUUGUGCGUUCUUUUUUCCGCUGGAUAAACGACUCACUAAGAACCACUUUCGUGGACACCGGUCAUCAAAAGGCUUAAAACUGUUUUGCGUACAGAAGCAACGCCAGUCGACAGCCUCAAUAGAAGUGGGAGAUGGGAUGAAAGACAGCGAGGAGGAGCCUCGAAGCUCAAAUAUGGCAUUAGACUACUACAACGGUAAUGUACUUAGAACUGGCGUAUCAACGGCCCUCCGUAGUUCAUACAGUGAUAGGCAUGGGCAUCAUCUUCACAGCUACAGAAGGGUGCAGGAAACGCUUUACCGUAGUAAUUCUAGCCUUGAGUUGAUGCAAGACCAUGGGUAUCAAAAUGAGGCCAAACCAGCUACCCCUUUACUCAGAAGAGAAUAUGGAUCUCAUGGAAGUAUUGAUGUGAUUGCAACAGACAAAACCCUAAACGGUACAGAAUCUCUUUUCGAGAUGUUUAAUGAAUUCAAAACCAAAGAGAGUGAAAUAAGUUCCUUGCUUGACGAAGACAAAGCGACAAGUCCAAAGCUCAGACUGAAGUUUGGGCGGUUUUGGAACACGAGUGGAAAUGCUAGUGUGAAAAGAACGAGUGAGGAGUCCAUUAUUUCUACCCAACAAGGUGAUGAAGAACGACAAAGACGGAGAGCUUUCGCUCACUACGAUUGUCGCUCUGUCACUGCGAACCUAGGCUAUGCCGCCAGGCUAUGUGGGCUCCUGUUGAAAAGAAAAAACACAACAACUGGAGCUUCAGCGGCUUCUAUGUUGUGUGCAAGAUCUUCCACUCCAGAUACGCUAGAAUCUGUAGAAGAUGAUCAAGGUGAUGGAACUUCAAACGAUCUUCUUGAAAGUUGUCCAUUUUUUCGAAAUGAAAUUGGAGGAGAGGAAGAAAGGGUUGUAGGGCUUAUGCGUGGCAGGUCGAAAAGGAAGAACGCACCAAUGCAUAAAACGGCUCUGGCAUGUGGGAUAUCAAUUUUGGAAUUUCCUCCUGGUCAGAGUCACUGGGACGAAUCACAAUGUCCAUAUAGCGGAAACACUAGGCCUUUAGAAGCCAUCGACCGUGGUGCUCAGUAUUACAGAAAAUUCUUUUAUCAGCAAGAUCACCAAAAUUGGUUUGGUAUGGAUGAAAAUUUGGGACCUGUUGCUAUAAGCCUGAGGAAAGAAAAAGUCGAUAAAUCUAAUGUAAAUAUGCCAUCCCAGAGUAUAUUUAAGUAUCGAGUGUUGAUCAGAACUAGUGAGUUGUUAACCCUCAGGGGUUCAGUGAUGGAAGAUGUAAUACCAAACCUGAAGCCAAGCUCGGGCAAAUCAAUGAACACAAAAGAGGUGCUUGAAUAUGUGGCACCCGAGGUCCAGAUCAACUGUCUGAGGCUUGGAAUCUCCGGUCCUCAGACAGAAGAGACACUGCUGAAACUUGAUGAACAAGGCCUUUCCAGAAAUUACAAAGUUGGAAUCAUGUAUUGUAAGGCAGGACAGUCCACAGAAGAACAAAUGUACAACAACCAAGAUGCAGGCCCUGCCUUUACAGAAUUUUUAGAGACGAUUGGUCAGAAAGUGAGGCUGAAAGGUUUCGAUAAAUACAAAGCAGGAUUGGAUAACAAAACUGACUCUACAGGCCUUUAUUCGGUUUAUUCUCAGUAUCAAGAUUGUGAGAUUAUGUUCCAUGUAUCUACUCUUUUACCUUUCACACCAAACAACAGACAACAGCUUCUAAGGAAAAGGCAUAUUGGCAAUGACAUCGUCACUGUAGUAUUUCAAGAGCCAGGAGCUGAGCCGUUCACACCAAAAGUCAUUCGAUCUCAGUUCCAGCACGUUUUCAUAGUUGUUAGGGUUUUCAACCCUUGCACAGACAAUACACACUAUAGAGUUGCUGUUACACGCUCAAAAGAAGUUGGUGUUUUUGGUCCUCCUAUACCAGAAGGAGGAGCCUUUCCUAAGUCAAAGGCUUUUUCUGACUUUCUCUUGGCAAAAAUAAUAAAUGCUGAAAAUGCCGCCCAUCAAAGCGAGAAAUUUGCUACAAUGGCAACCCGAACACGACAAGAGUAUCUCAAGGAUUUAGUCACCAACUAUACCACAACCACCAUGGUUGAAACAAACCAAAAAUUCUCAAUGCUUUCUUUCGCCAGUAAGAAAAAGGAUCGUUGGAGGCCAAGGUUUCUCCCGGAUGCCACACAAAAUGGAGCGAUGUGCUGGCAGGUCAUGCUUGAUGACUUCAACGAAUCGGGACUAGUCGACUGCUUCCUUGCAAUAUCUUCUGACUCUUUUGUUCUUAUCGAAGAGACGUCUCGGGAGGUCAUUUUUGUAACUCCGUGCAAGGCGAUAUUGGGUUGGUCGACAAACACCAAUAGUUUGAGGCUUUACUUCCACCAAGGUGAAUGUGUGACCUUUCAUAUGAAAGAAGGCGGUGAAAGAGAUGAACUAAUGGAAGUUGUUGUGAGGCUGAAAAGCGUCACCAGCGGAUCGGUAGCACAGGAAUUGUCCCUAAGAAGAAACCCAGUCGGUCAAUUAGGUUUUCACGUUCAACCUGAUGGUGUUGUAACUCAAGUCGAAACCAUGGGGUUGGCUUGGACUGCAGGUCUGAAGCAAGGAGCAAGAUUGGUUGAGAUUUGCAAAGUAGCUGUUUCAACCUUGAGUCAUGACCAAAUGGUGGAUCUUUUAAAAACAUCAGUAGCAGUAACGGUAACUGUCAUUCCUCCUUCACCAGAUGGAUAUCCAAGAAGAGGUUGCAAGGUUCCAAACUGUAAGUACAGCUCAAACCAAGAAGGCGAUUAUGAAAAUAUAAACAGCAAUGACCAAAAAAGUAACAAAAUGGCGAGGCAACAAGCGGUGACUGUUGGCACAAGGAAGAGAUAUGAACGAAGCUUUUCCCCUCCGAGAUCGAGUAACAGUUCUGGAUAUGGGACUGGAAGCAGUAGUAAAUCGUCAGCAAGCGAACGAUUCAACAAUUCUGCUGAGGGACUGCAUACAAGUUCAUCGAGCGGUCAGUCAUCUGAUGAAAGAUGGUAUGACAUAUUAGAGGGAGGUAUUGAUGGCGAUAGUAAUUCUCCACCCCCUCCUUUGCCCGUUCGCCUCAAUAAUUACCUCCAUCAUGCACAGCAAAAUUUAACAACCCCUAAGUCAAAUGGAUUUUCACUGUUGGACCCGCCACACGAUUUCAAAGUUGGAGAGAAAGUUACUUGCUUGAUGAAAGCAGAAAGGAGCCAUGAACUUCGUAGACAACUGGAAAGAAAUCAACUCGAUUAUCAUUUAAGCCAGAGUGAAUACAAUCUUCAGAGCCUUUAUAAAAAUGCUAAUGAAAAUGAGAAACCGUUGUCGCUGACAUUGGAUAUGGCACCAGGCUCUACAAAGACUUUGAACGACGACCAUUUAACAGACACUAGCUCAAACAGCGAACGCAUCUUCGUCCUCACGAGUGAAGAUGACUUAUCGGGGAAGAGUUCACCUCUCAUAAAGAGGCAGCUAAAGCAUGGUAAAGAGAGCCCAAGGGGAAAGGAUCCGACCAGAGAAUCGGUCGGGGCCAAAUUGAGACCAGGUGUCACUCCAAGAUCACAAAGAAAUUCAGCAAACUUGCAGUCUAGUACACUUCAGCAAGAUCUGCUGCGUCUUAUACACCCUGACUAUAUCCCACAGGGCAAUGAAACCCCUGUUACACCUCCCAAGGACAAUUCCACUGUCUUUGGUAAAAUCCCAAGCAGCAGUAGUUCCGGAAGUUUGCCCGAUGUGUUGAGAUCGCCUUCAAGGGAGAAUCUCUCCUCUCUCAGCCUUCGUUCUCACAGCCCUCCAACCAAAGAAAAAGACACAAUUUUAACUCUUGCUAGACCAGCUACAGUUAUAUCCAACACAUCAACAGCCUCGAGCCCGGCACCGAGUGAGAACAAGCUAUCCAAAGACGAAAGGUUAUCACCAAGAAUGCCUUUGAAGAGUAAUAUUUUGAAAAGUGUGAUGCCAGAUGGGCAGGAUAUGGACUGUUCAAGUCUGGUGGAUGCAACUGGCAGAACUAUGCUGCAAGUCAAGUCCGAUAAUGCAAAUUCAGUUGAAAUGAGGGAAGAAGAGCUUUCUAAGCACAUAUUUCAACUAGAAAGCUGGCUAUCAAGAGAGACGAGAAAAAGAAUGUCCCUCGAAGAGGAGGUACGGAGCCUGCGUGAGGAGAAUCGCCGUCUGCAACAGGAAUCGCAGAGUGCAGCUCAGCAACUCAGACGGUUCACCGAAUGGUUUUUCCAAACAAUUGACAAACAGUAGAAAACAUGUGCAUAUAGUUUGUAUUAUUUAUCAACCAGUAUUUUUUAUUCUUGUUAAUCUUAAAAUGUUUUCACCAAAUUUGAUCAUUAAGACUUAAUCAUUAACGUUAAAUAGACAAUAGUUGGUAAUAAUCUAGUCAAUUACGCUGAAUCCAGGUCUAGUGUUGUUAGUUGCAAUAGCAAUUUUUCAUCGUUCUGACAAUAUUUUUAUUUUUUUAUUCAAUACUACUUUCCAGCGAGUCUUGAUGUAUGAGUGGUACACACUCUUUCUGCUCUCUCUCCUCCCACAACCAUAGGUUCUUAAGACUCCUAGGUACUUUUAUCAAAUCUCCAGCACAAAUUUUCAAAUACACUUAUUUUCUUUACAUACUUCUAUUUAUUUUGAAAUUAAAACAAAGAAAAAAUUAAAAUUACUUGGAAACUAUUAAAUGGAGAACUAGUAGAGGUGGGUUGAGGGAUGUGGGUGUGAAAGAAAGCAAGGGGUGAAUUUUUUAUUUCUGACCCCAAAAAAUUAAUUAAUCAAGGCAAUUCUGCACAUCUUGACUCGUUUCCUGGAUCUUAGUUAUCUCAAAUGUUUUUUUGGUUGUUUUUGUUUUGUACAUAAUUCUUUGUACUACCUAAUGAAUUUUUUUUUACUAUAGCGGGUUUGUAAGUUUCACUUAAUGCACCCUUAUUGUCUAAUCUAUAAUUAAAA